AUGAAGGUAACUGCAGCCUCUCUGGCGGCCACCGCCACGGCUGUGGCAUUUGCUACAUCUGCAGCUGUCGGUUCACCUGAGCCCCCUCCUAAGCUCUCUGGGGAAAAAUUGGCCGAACUAAUGCAGUUAAGCCUCAGCGAAAUUAAAGACAGAAUGGAGACAAUCUUUUCGUUCAUAGACACAAACGGCGACGGCGUCAUCACCACGGAAGAGGCGCAGCAGUGGAGCACCCGCCUCAAGGACGCCAUGCACAAACACCAGGUUCGGCAGGAAUUUAUUUCGAUAGACAAGGACGGAGAUGGAAAGAUUACACUGGAGGAACUUGAGGUCACCUACACUGACGGCGCAGACGCGGCCAACCAGGAGGCUCACAAGGAGGAGGUUCAGAAGAGAUUCGCAGCCGUUGACAAGGACAAGAGCGGGAGCCUCAGCCUUGAGGAAGUGACUGUUCUCAUGGAUCCCGGCAAAGACGCGACGCUGAUGCAAAUAGAAGUGGACGAGAUCAUGGCAGCUCAAGACAAGGACAAGGACGGAAACAUCUCCCUUGACGAGUUCCUCCUCAACGAAGGCGGCACCCUGACUGACCCCGAGCGCGAAGAACUGACCCGCGAGUUCUCGACUUACGACAAAAACGGCGACGGCAAAAUCGACGAGGCGGAGCUACGCGCAGUCAUAGAAGACCCGCACGCCCACGACCUGCAGCAGAUGAUGGAGUCUUUGGCUGCAGAGAUGGAGGACGGGAAGAUCACCAAGGACCAGUGGACCGACAAGUUCGAAACUUUCUCGGUCUCCAUGCUCACAGACAAUGGGGAGCUCCUGCGAUUCCCCGAAGAGUACGAGGGGGUGGACCUCCCCUUCAAGGGCAUCAGCGUGGGGCCCGGGGAUGAGGACGCAGUUUCCCACGAUGAGCUUUAA